GAGACCGCUUUUGUUAUUCUCAACUCCUGCAGAUUGUCUUCGACGCAGUUUCAGACCUUUUGUCUCUUUUAUUUCUUUCCGGAGCUUUGCUAAAAAUAUAGGCACCACGAACGGACUCCCCGAGUUGAUCAAAAUCCGCUUCUCGGUGGUUUUCGCAUAUAGGAAGAGAUUUAUGUAGGAGAUUGUCACUGCCGACCUAGCAUUCCCCUGCAACGCCACCAAAUCGAUCAAUUCGGACCCGGGAGCGAAACAUCACGAUGGGGAAUUUCGAGCCGCUUAUGAGCUUCAAUUUGCCAGAGCUUCUGGCUGUGGAUUUGGAAGCGUCGAAGGAGGUUUUUAAAUCGAGACAAUUGACUGCUGGGGCCCCGGCGCCUACACUAGCCGACGAUGGGAGCAAGAGACGAUAUUCAUUACAGGACAGUUCGCUGAGCGCGGCCCCUUCAUCCCUGUCAUAUCAUCUAGAUAUGAUGUCCAGGGCUAAGUCGUUACAAAAUGCGCAUGAGAAAGAAGCUCAAUUUUUAACUAUUCAUCGCAAGUCGGAACAAAACAACAGCGAUUCCGACACGACCAGCAGUGAAUCAUCCGGUGUCUUGAUGCCACCGCCGUCGAUUGGCACGCGGGACGCAUCAAUUGCCACAGCAGCCACAUCAGUCACCUCGGAAAGGAUGGAGUCGUCGAACCAAUUAAAGCUUGUGAUACAAGACAAGAAGCAAGCUGGCGAGAGUUGGAUAGACUUUGACGCUGACGAUGCAACUUCUCCGGAUCGAAGGUACAGUAGCAUGAUCAAUAUCCCGCCACCUGCACAUUAUUUGCGACGUGAUAUGGACGAGUCAAGAAGUAUGUCUCUUAACUCAGCUUUGCCGCGUCCCAAGUCGACUGCUAUUCCUCCCACGUCACCUGCCAGCGUAAAAUCUCUGGGUACGCCUGAGCAACAGACUUAUGUCAAGAAGCCUCUGUCAAGUCCUACCUCAAUUCCAACCCGACGCUCUUCUUUAUUAUACCGAAAUUACCCGGUACUUCCACAGAUUAAUGUUUCACCGUCUCGACAAAGUUCACCACCUCGACCACCACCACCGACACAUUCUGACGCUGGACCGGCAACCCCAGACAUCAACAUGUCGUCUUCAGCCCGGCCCCGAGCGUUCCGUAGCGAGGUGAAUGUGAAUGUGAGCGAUGCUGCCGACGAGGCAGAUGAUAGAGUGGAUUUCCCCUCAGAUUUUACCAUGGUAGCAAACGAAGGUGGGCGGGUUUCGCGUGCAGGAAGCACCCAGUAUCCGGAAAUCGCGCCGGCUGGAAUCGAUGUCGAAUCUUGGUUGGAGUCUAGCGUUGACAACUUUCCUUAUUAUGCCCGAACCGGAGCCGACGGUGGACAUGCUCCCUUACCGCUCCCACCAGAGGUUAUCGAUACGCUCCGAGUCUCGAUAGCAUGCUUCCCGGAAACGAUGCUUCAGUGCUCUAGUCUUUCCAUCGAGACUAUACGUGGUCACUCCAGGAAGCUUAGAUACAAGGACACGAGCCCUGCAAGCUUAUAUUCCGAAACAACUGUGUCGGCUGACACUUUGGAGCCAGCAAAACAGUCGAAGUGGAAGUGGCUGCCCUUGAAGAAACUCCCAUCGUCUCCUACUCAGACGCCACCUAGUCCGCAACGAAGCGGCCUUGGGGAGAGCUUAGAAUCGAGGUUUAGCCCAACCUGGCCUAGAAAGCCAGAUUGGACGGCGAUUCAGAACCUCUUCCCCACUUCGUCGGAUUAUCUCUGCGACGCUCUCUAUGCUCAUAUAGUAGCAUAUAACUAUAUUACUUCAUUAUGUCCUCGGUCGGUACUUGCCAAUCCAAUAUCGAGACCUAGCUCGAAGUCCUCGGCCAUGUCGGAUAUGUCACUUGACCUCUCGAUGGACCUCCGCACCUCUAUCGAUAUGCGAUCUUCUACCUCCGACGGCACCGCGAUCCCGCUAAAGGCAGCAAGCUUACUCGGUCUGCAAGAAGAUCCGAACGCACCGAUUCCCGAACCCCCUUCGUCACGAUGCAACACGCUUCGCAGUAAGAGGUCAUUUUUCGUGCUACCUAAGUCCGCCUCAUUCCACGAAUCCAUUAGACCUCCGACGGCAGCCGGUUUUGGCGGUCGCCGCCCAACGCCACCAGACCAUAGCGAGCAGUUAUUGAGGGAUCUCCGGCUUGGUCUCGCCAGGUGCAUCUCAAGGCUUGUCGCCACACUACGGAUGUCUAAUGGCGGCCCGUCUGCAGGUACUGAUAGUGGGGGAAAGCCGAGACGUGAGGAAGAUCCUGACUUUAUGCGAGCACUAUGUGAAAUUGUACGCCUUUCCGAAGAAAGAUACAUGUUUUAGGAUCAAUUCACACUCGCGAUACUAUGAGAUAGACGAUCGGCUAGUUGCACCUGGACACAAUACAUUAUGCAAAGGAUAACGAGUUCUUUCGACAAGAAAAAAUCACUUGUUUUUACGCACUCGGCUUUUAGGCAUUAUUUGUUCACCUUCUCCUAGGUCACACCGAUAUCUGGGAGUCUUUUGGCUCCAGCUCUACAAAAAUUUCGCCAC